AUGCAAUGGGAGAAGAAGCUAAAGGGAUCUCCGGAAGCCCCUCCGGCCGGGACGGUGGUGAAGUAUUUCCUGGGCCAGAGCGUGCUCCGGAGUUCCUGGGAACAAGUGUUCGCCGCCUUCUGGAGGCGGUACCCGAAUCCCAUAGACAUAGUACACCGGGAGGUGACCCCUGACCAGAAACUGCUGUCCCGGCGACUCCUGACCAAGACCAACAGGAUGCCCUGCUGGGCCGAGCGACUGUUUCCUGCCAAUGUUGCUCACUCGGUGUACACCCUGGAGGACUCUACUGUGGACCCACAGAAUCAGACCAUGACCACCUUCACCCGGAACAUCAACCGCGCCCGGCUGAUGGAGGUGGACGAACCAUGUGUUUACUGUGUGAACUCUGACAACAGUGGCUGGACCGAAAUCCGCCGUGAAGCCUGGAGCUCCUCUGGCUUAUUUCGUGUCUCCAGACCUGUCCAGGAAUUUGGUCUUGCCGGGUUCAAAAGCAACGUGACCAAGACUAUGAAGGGUUUCCAAUAUAUCUUGGCAAAGCUGCAAGCCAAGGAAGCCAAGGAGAAGGCAAAGGAGACGGCACUGGCAGCUACAGAGAAGGCCAAGGGCCUCACCAGCAAGGCGGCCACCAAGAAGCAGCAGCAGCAGUUUGUGUAGCCAGCCCCCCACCACCGCAGCACCCCAGACAGCUUGGCUUAGCCCCUCUGCCCUCCCUCCACUGUACUGUAUCAUUAAAAAUCAACUUCCAG